CAUUAGUACAACUCUGAUCGGAGACUAAGAUACACGUGUUAGUGUUGAUCGGUUACGUGAUAAUAAAAUGCGACGUAUUUUACGGAAAUAAAUAAUAAAAAUGUAUCGCGCGUUCUUUAGUUUUGUAUCUAUUGGAUUUUUGAGUGUGUGCGGCCAGUACUUUCAAUCGCCGUGCCCGGAUUAUUUUGACUACAGAAGUGAUGGCAACGGUGUGUUUGGGGCGAUUAAAUUGCAGCCUUUUGGUCCCGUGUCGACUUUGCUUGUCAAAGCUAACUUCACUAUAGCUGCUAGAUUACCAUCCACAUAUGCAGGCAGCAUCGUGCCAGUGGGCUCGGAGCUGCAUCUCCUGCAGGAGUUCAACCGGGGAGCGCCGCUGCAGUACCGGGUCAACUUCCCCGUGGUCAGCCCCGUGCCGAAGUUGACGGCGCUCAUAGUCAACGACAACGUCGUGUGCUACGGACCUGGAGAUCCAUUGACUCCUGGGCAGUAUGUUUCGACGAUAAGUCUUCGGCACAUGCUUUUCUUUAAAUCUGGUACAAAUGGAUUGUAUCCCGUACAUAACCGACCUCAAACCCAACGACCGGAAGUCGUAUACGGACAUCAAACGCCAUCAACUUCACACAUAAACCCGACCAAUUUCAUCAGUUAUGUUGACAAUACCAACGAUAAUACUAGAAAACCUGAUGGCCAAACAUAUUACGUGGUAGAUAACGGUCGCCCGGUGUACCAAUCACCAGACAUAUAUCCGGAGUCGUUCCCGGACUACUUUAAUCAGCCUAACUUUAUUGUAGAUACUCCCGAAAGGCAAACUACAAGAGUAACAACAGUUAGAACUACCACAACUAGAUCUACUACUCAAAGACCUCGAACUACAUUACCUCCAGAACCUGUACCACAACCGGAUCCUCUAAACGUAGGAUCCUCAUCAGCUGAAUGUGGUAUAAAUAUGAGAAAUGAUCCGACUGCUCCACUAGUCCCACUAAUUGUCAAAGGAGAAAACUUCGAGCGCGGAGAAUGGCCAUGGCUGGUAGCCAUCUUCAAACGUAGAUUCAGUUCGUUGAGCUACAUCUGCGCUGGGACUCUUGUGUCAGAUAAACAUGUGAUUACAGCUGCACAUUGUAUGCAACGUGAGAGCACGUACACGGCCAUAAAUAACCUGGUAGUGAGAGCCGGGGUGUACAAUCUCGAGGACUGGAAUGAUGACGACAUCACUGUGACCAGAAGUUUGGCAGCGGCGGCUAUACACGACGCGUACAACGCAUCUACACUUGCGAAUGACAUCCUCGUGCUAACUCUGGCUAAGAGUGUGCCGAUCAGUGCUCACAUCAGACCAGCGUGUCUGUGGAGCGGGAACACCAACCUUAAGAUGGUCGUUGGAAAAUUGGGAGUGGUAGCAGGAUGGGGCGCCAACGAAAUGGGUUCCGGUGGCAAAGGGGAGCCGCGCAUGGUAGAGAUGCCCAUAGUCAGCCUUGAGACAUGCAGGUCCAGCAGAGAAGAGUUCCACAGACUCACGUCCUCAAAGACGCUAUGUGCAGGAGACCACAGUGGAGCUGGACCCUGUUUGGGUGACUCCGGUGGUGGUCUUUACAUUCAAGACAAAGGGCGUUGGAGGAUCCGCGGCGUGGUGUCCUUGUCACUCAGGGCUGAAGGCGACGCCAUCUGCAAUCUGGACGACUACAUAGUGUUCACUGAUACAGCACAAUAUUUGCCAUGGAUAAAUACUGUUAUGAAUAAUUAUAUUCGUUAAUUAUAGAGAUUAUUUAAGACAA